AUGGAUUCUAGGGAGAAAAGUAUCAGUGUUUUGAUGCUGCCAUGGCUAGCUCAUGGUCACAUAUCUCCCUUCAUGGAGCUAGCUAAGCGCCUUACAAAGAGAAACUUCUUCAUCUACUUUUGUUCAACGCCUGCAAAUCUCAAAUCCAUAGAACUUUCUCCAAAAUUUUCACCUUCAAUCAAACUUAUAGACCUCCAUCUUCCUUCAUCACCUGACCUUCCUCCUCACUAUAACACCACCAAAGGCCUGCCACCCAAUCUAAUGCCCAUUCUUAAAAAAGCGUUCGACAGUGCCGCCCCUGGUUUCCACAAAAUCCUGAGAAAACUCAACCCCGAUUUGGUCAUUUAUGAUAUGCUUCAGCCAUGGGCGGCUGCCCUAGCUUUGUCACUCAACAUUCCCGCCGUUCAUUUUUAUGUCACUUCUGCCGUGAUGGCUGCGUUUCUAGAUCACGCUGGUAGAAAUCCGGGUGUUGAGUUUCUGAAUCCGAGAAUUUUUCUUCAUGAUUAUAUGAAACCGAAAUUUUCCCACUUGCUUGAGUCGAUUUCAAAUGGAAUGAAAGAUCAAGAUAAAGUUAAAGAAUGCCAUGAAUGGUCUUCUAACAUUAUUCUGAUAACUGGAGGGGAGAUAUAUUGA